AUGGCAUGCUUGUCUGGAUCGCUGGUGGUCGCUAUCGCUGUCACCGACCGUUCUCUGUACAUCGUUGGACACAGUAGACUUCAGCCUCUUGAUAUAUAUAUAUUUGUCUUCUACACUGGAUUCAAUCGCGGGCUGGAAGCUCUCGACUGGCGAUAUUCAUUCGGCACUUGUCUGCCACUCACGAGGUUCCGAGACCAGUCAGCCCACUGCAACAGAAGGGAUAUAAGGCCAGCACUCGCGGACGACCUUCUUCCUCCAUCUUGUUCUCCUUCCUCCAUCUCCUCAGUCUGGUCCUCUGAUAUAUUCUCAAGGCGACAAGUGCUCAGCGUUGGCGACAAUCUUACAGCAACGUCCAACAAGCAGCUAGUCCGCAAGGCAUGA